AUGGCUCCUAUCGACUACUCCAAAUGGGACAACAUAGACACCGAUUCCGAGCCAGAGGCAUUGCCACAGCAGACGCCUGCCCCCAAGGCAGUCCCACCGCCCGUCCCUACAUCAUCCGUUUCGGCGGAAUCACAGAGCGCUUCCGGAACUGUCCAAGCCGUUAAUCAUUACCAUGCAGUUUUCUCGCAGCGGGUGCCUCCCGUACCGGGGCUGAUCAGCAUCCCGCUAGUUCUCCACCGCAUGGGUACCAAGUCUGCCAAUAGGGCUGACCUCGAUAAUCAGAUCGCGACUUACCUCAACAUCGAUUCUGACAGUGGUUUCGCGCCCCCCACGUGGCAGUCACAUGUUGGCACCGUCUUAGUCGCUCGGAAGGACAGGAGGCCAUUACUUCCGCAGCAUCUUGAGGGCGUGUGGAUGUACUGCGACUACAUUCUAGACGUCUUUGGAGAAGGACAAGGCGCGCCGAGCUGGCUAUACAAUCGUCCGGCGUUUGAGAAGUGGUGGGAAGGUUACUGCAAGGAACAGAAGUGUAUGCGCUCCGGGAAGGGAGGCAAGCAUGAUCCUGACGAUUGGCGGGCCGUCGCGUCGCCAUACGAAAGCGAAGACUCCUGA